CUCUCAACAUCCCGUGCAAAGCCUUCUUUGGAUUCAGCGGGGAGUCGGGGCCGAUGAUCUACUGGAUGAAGGGAGAGAAGUUUAUUGAAGAGCUGGCAGGACACAUUAGAGAAGGCGAAAUCAGACUUCUCAGAGAACAUCUUGGAGAAAAGGAAGUGGAAUUAACCCUGAUCUUCGAUGCCGUGGUUGAGGCAGAUCUAGCUAAUUACACCUGCCACGUGGAAAACAGAAAUGGACGAAAACACGCAAGCAUUCUGUUGCGUAAAAAAGAUUUAAUCUACAAGAUCGAGCUGGCGGGAGGCCUGGGAGCAAUCCUCCUUCUUCUUGUGCUGCUUACCGUCAUCUAUAAAUGCUACAACAUCGAGUUGCUGCUUUUCUACCGACAGAACUUUGGAAGCAACGAAGAUGCAGAUGACAACAAGGAGUAUGACGCCUACCUCUCUUAUACGAAAGUUGAUCCUGAUGCUUUAGACUGCGAUAACAAUGAAGAAGAACAAUUUGCUCUUGAAAUACUACCAGACGUCCUGGAAAAACAUUAUGGUUAUAAACUGUUCAUCCCAGAUAGAGACCUGAUCCCCAGUGGAACCUAUAUUGAAGAUCUCACAAGAUGUGUUGAGCAAAGCAGAAGACUUAUUAUCGUGCUCACUCCGGACUAUGUUCUCAGGAGGGGAUGGAGUAUUUUUGAGCUGGAGACCAGGCUCCAUAGCAUGUUGGUCAGUGGAGAAAUCAAAGUCAUCUGGAUCGAGUGCAUGGAAUUAAAAAAGAAGGUGAAUUGCCGCGAGGUGGAACUGCUGAAGAGAAACAUCAAGCUUCUGUCCCUGGUCAAGUGGAAAGGCACCCAGAGCAGCAAACUGAAUUCGAAGUUUUGGAAGCAGUUGGUGUAUGAGAUGCCCAUCAAGAAAAAAGUGACACUGUCCCGCCGCCAAGUCCUGGACUCAGCGGAACAAGGCCUUUUCGGAGAGCUGCAGACCGCCCCCUCGAUUGCCGUCACCAGCACUUCGGCUGCUCUGGUAGCCUCUCAGGCCGAUCUGAGCGAUUUCCACCAAACAGAUUCGAUGCCAAUGAGACACUGUUGCAGAAGUUAUAAUUACGAGAUGCCGACGUCCUCUUUGCCGAUAUCUUCUCUAGGGUCCCACCACCACACAUACUGCAACAUACCCUUGACGCUGCUCAACGGACAACUACCUCUAAAUAACGCCGCAAAGAACGCUCCUGAAUUUCACAGGAACAGCCCUCUGCUGCCUUUGUCAUCCAAGGAGCUCAGCUUCACCAGCGAUAUUUGGUAGAGACGGUCUGAACUCUUCAGAGCCGCUAAGUCAGCAUCCCCAAAGGCCUGCGUUUUGUACUAAACAUUUACGAUUCUACCAAGAGUGCUUAAAAGUCGAUGGAGGAAAUGACGCUGUUUUUCUUUUUUUAGUACUCAAUUGUUUUUGUUUACAGUUUUGCAAUAUUGAAGACACAAAAAGAGAACACAUGGAGAAUCUUCUUUUAUAAUAUGGUACUGAGUUUAGCUAGCCUAUAAUGACUUUUUUCUUGAAAAGAAACUCCCAUUGUCUUAGGGUAGAUUUUUAUGUCCCACAGAUAGAUGAUCUUAGCUGACUGGUGUUUCUGUACUCAUAUUUCCGAAUUUCAAAUAUAGAAAACUAGAGACUUGAUUACAGUUUGGAAAUCCUCAACUUCAGUUUAAGGAGGAAACAACUUUUACAGUGUAAAUGAAUGUGGAAUUUGUCUUAGGGAAAGGGCAGAGUACCCCCAUUUGUAAUCACAGCAAGCAGUUUUUAGGGGAUGACUUAACCGAGGAGCUGGAACUGAGGGUAGUGGUGGUGGAAAGUGAAUGAAGACUGGAGAGAGCAUCAAUAUCAUGCACAACUGCUGCAAGAUUGAUCAAGAACUCAUGACAACAGCAUUUUGUUUUAUUAAGCAAGCACAUCUUUAGAAAAAGCUGAGAGUCAGCUAAACAAAGGGAAAGAUAGCUGUCAACUCUCCUGGAUUAAUUUUCAACAGCCUGUGGAACUUCUUUCACAAGUUUUGCAACUUCUGAAAGACCUUUGUAGAAGUAUUUCGAACAGAGAUUUUUUUUUUUAAUUUCCUAACAAGUUCACAUUUGGAUUCCUUCAUUAUUAUUAUUAAUUAAGAUCUCUUGACCUGUUGUCAGAUUUGUAUAUUGAUAGGAUUGUCUUCCUAUUUCAGCAUCAAUGGAGUUUCCAUUUAAAUACACAUUUGACUAAGAACAUCACCUAUAAAAAAAAAAAAGAAGAAGAAAUAUUCACAGCAGUAUUCACAGAUGAAGUACCAGAUGAUUCAAGUUUCUUAGUCAUAGGGCAGCAAUUGCCAGGAAAAUCAUCAGAAAUAUCACUAUGAAACAGACUCUUCUGGUAAGAUGUAAAGGCUUCUGUCAAAGGAUACCAAUUCUUGAUCCUACUAUCGGUCCGCUUGGGAGACUGGGAUCCUCAAACAGAAAGACCAGGGCAUAUGUAAAAUACCAAGUGCAAGACUCCACACGUUCACAGUGAUUACAGAUUUGCAAUAGGUGGAAUGGCCCUGUUUGUCUAUUGAGCAUCACUCCUCCUUGAAGUUCAUCAUAUUUUGCCCUCCCCACUCACAGUUGCCUGUGGGGGUCAAUCCUGAUUCCAGAUCAACUUGGGCAUUUUGCAGAUAGUACUUAACAACUGUGCACCAGGAUGAGCGAACCAAAACGAUGUACUAACAGUACAGCAGAAUUCCAAAUUGGGCUGGUGCUCUUAAUUGUGCUCGUAAUCGUGAAAUACACUUGUGCAGUCCUUUACCAACCAAUGGAUUUUGGUUGUUUCCUUAAUCCUCUUCUCUUGAUCAAAUGUAAGCCAUUGGUUUGUUCUAGGUAUCCAUUAAUCUAUAGUCAUUCAGCCAGUUCUUUAUUCCCAAAUGUAGUGUGUGGAAGCUUAGUUGUCAGUUGUGGGGGGUACAGACUUACUCCCUCAGUUAAGUUCCCUCACGUACGUGUUUCAUAGAUAUAGUCAUUCCAUUGAGAACGGUGACUUUGGCCUCCAUUCUAACCGUAUGUAUUUCCAAACAGAAAUUGACAAACUCUACUCUGUUUUCUACGUGUUACAGACUUUGUGUUUAUGCUGGGUAUGUUCGUUAAUGCAAUGUGUAACUAAAAUAAUAUUUGCAUGAAGUGAGCUGCAUAUGUUUCAAGUGACAAGUUGUGAUUUCAUUAUUUUGCUUCCACAUGAUUCUAAAUCUGAUUACUCCACAGAGGAUGUUCAGUGAUAUUUUUAAACUAUUAGUUCUGUAACGUGCAUGCCUGUUCUGAAGACCUAUUGCAGGUCUCUCUGUUUCCUUGAUUUGUGAUGAUUAAA